UUUUCAGAAAAGGAGGCUCUUGAAAUUUCAAAAGCGUGGAUUUUACCAUACUUAACUACUGAGGGUACAUGGAUAUCAUCCACCGAGGAAAUGAUGGCCCUGUCUGUGCUACUUGUUUCCGUGGCUGCUGUGCUGGGAGUUGUCAUGGUUAUUAGCCUUUGCAUAAAAUUCAAAAGAAGGCGUGAUUCAGAUUCUGACAGGAAUACGUCUCCUCAAUCUUUUCCAAUGGACUCGGUAAGAAGAAGGGACUCCAUAAGUGAACGAGCUGAUCCGAGCAUGAGGCAGCCACAGCCGCUUCAAGUUCAUUUCCAUGGUCCUGUGCAAAUUCUAGUUGCAGAUGAGAAGUUUAUCCGUAGUGGUGGUGAUGCACUGAUGUUUGGAAGUCAGCCUCGAAACCUUGACGCCAUUGGGUACUCUUCAUCCCCUCGGAUCACUGAGAUACCUGAUUCCCAUAAUUCAGACAACUACGAGUCACACACACCGCAGGUUGUGGUAAAUAAUACAGCUGAAAGUAACAGUGGGUGGUGUACUAUUCAAUGAACGGACGUCCCCCACACAUCUCCCCUGCUGAAGAUGUUCAGAGUAGAAAAACAACACAAUAAUGGACAGUUCUGUAUAACAAAACAACAACCUGUUUGACUUGCCUAUUUACUUGUAUAGAAUUUCAAGAAUAUGUUUUUAUAAAAAUAAAAAAAAAUAUUAGUAUUAUUUACUGUCCUGUUAAUGAUGAAAUUAGAAAAUAUUGUUUUAUUUAAAGCCGAAAACUGCUGUCAGACAUGUUUAUAAUAUUUUAAAUUAAGAUAAAUUAUGAUUAUAAUAUUUCUAAGCCAGCCAGAUAUUUUGUAAAAGUACAUUAAAAAUUACAUUUUAUUACGUCGCUUGCGAUUUGUUUUGCAUGU